AUGCAGAAGGCGCUGGUGCAGCCGUUCCAGAUGUGCAUGUUGGAUAUCCCCUUGAGCGUGCAAGACGACGACUUUGGGACACCCCAUCUUAACCCAAACCUGGAGAUCCCACAGAUAGUCCUCGAUUUACAAUUUUCCUGCCGUUUCUCGUUCCAGAGCUCAACUCAGGAGAUCGGAGAAGAGUUUGAAGAUGGUGUGAUCUACAGUAUUUCUCUCCGGAAAGUUCAGCUCCAUCACACAGCUAACAAAGGCCAGCGGUGGCUGGGGUUUGAGAACGAGUCAGCCUUAAACCUCUACGAGACGUGCAAAGUGCGGACGAUCAAGGCCGGCACCCUGGAGAAGCUGGUGGAAUACCUGGUCUCGGCGUUCAAAGGCAACGAUUCCACCUACGUGACCAUCUUCCUCUGCACCUACCGGGCCUUUGCCACCACCAAGCAGGUCCUGGAUCUGCUCCUCAACCGGUAUGGGAAGUUCAACCUCCAAGCCAACGGAGACCACCCCAGGCACACGGUGGACGAGAAGCUGGAGUUGAAAAACACCAUCUCCUCCAUCCUGGGAGCCUGGCUUGAUCAAUACUCCGAAGACUUCCGGAAGCCUCCGGACUACGCCUGCCUUAAGCAGCUGAUCAUUUACGUCCGGCUUAAUAUCCCCGGCUCGGAUUUGGAGAGGCGAGCGCGAAUCCUCUUCAGCCAGUUCCAGCAACAGGAGCGUGCCGAGGCCGAAACGGAAGCUGUGGAUCAUCCCACUUGCCCUCUGAGGUUAGAGCAGGAAAAUGGACUGAGCGAAGGCAAGUCAGAGUUCCUCUCCUUUCCUCCAGAGAUGGCGGCUGAGCAGUUCACCCUCAUGGAUGCUGAGCUCUUCAAGAAAGUGGUGCCUUAUCACUGCCUCGGUUGCAUCUGGUCUCAGCGGGACAAGAAAGGGAAGGAACACCUGGCACCCAGCAUCCGGGCCACCGUCUCCCAGUUCAACAGGGUCACCAACUGCGUCAUUGCCACCUGCCUCGGGGACAGGACGCUGAAGCCCCAGCUGAGGGCCAGAGUGGUGGAGCGAUGGGUCGAAGUCGCCCGGGAAUGCCGCAUCCUCAAGAAUUUCUCCUCUCUCCGAGCCAUCCUUUCUGCUCUCCAGUGCAACGCGGUUCACCGGCUGAAAAAGACGUGGGACGAGGUGUCGCGGGAGAGCUGCCGCAUGUUUCAUGAGUUAUCCGAAAUCUUCUCGGAUGAGAACAACCACUCCUUAAGUCGGGAGCUGCUUAUUAAGGAAGGGACCUCCAAGUUUGCCACGCUGGAAAUCAACCCCAAAAGAGCUCAGAAGCGCCAGCAGCAGCAACGAGAAUUGGGUGUAAUGCAAGGCACCAUCCCUUACCUGGGCACCUUUCUGACCGACCUGGUGAUGCUGGACACGGCCAUGAAGGAUUAUUUAGACGGAGGCCUGAUCAACUUUGAGAAAAGGAGGAAGGAGUUCGAAGUCAUCGCCCAGAUCAAGUUGCUUCAGUCGGCUUGCAAUAAUUACAGCUUCAAGAAGGACGAGCGGUUUGGGUCUUGGUUUCACGGGGUGGAACGGCUUAGCGAAGCCGAGAGCUACAGCCUUUCGUGUGAGAUCGAACCCUUGUCGGAAUCAGCCAGCAACACGCUGAAGGCCAAGAAGAACACCGGCAUCAUUAAACGGUGGAGCGAACGGGAGUCGUUGAAAUGGGGCUGGCUGCAUCGGGGUUUUUGGGAAUCUACCUCGUUGUCCUCCUUGGAUACAUCGGGUGUUGGGUCAAGUUCAAGCAGCGCUUCGUCAUCGUCCGUCUCCUCCACGCCGGUGACGGUGUCCCGUACGCACAAACGCAGCGUCUCGGGCAUUUCGAGCUAUUCCUCUCUCUCGUUACCUCUUUAUAACCAGCAGAUCGACGAUUGUUGUAUCAUCCGGGUCAGCUUGGCGGUGGAUAACGGAAACAUGUAUAAAAGUAUUUUGGUGACAAGCCAGGAUAAAACCCCGGUAGUGAUCCGCAAAGCUAUGGCCAAACACAAUCUGGACGGGGAUCGGCCGGAAGAUUAUGAACUCAUCCAGAUCAUCUCGGAAGAAAGAGAGCUCAAAAUUCCCAACAACGCCAACGUCUUCUACGCCAUGAACUCGGCCGCCAACUACGACUUCGUGCUCAAGAAGCGAGGUUUCUCCAAGGUGAUCAAAAUCAAGCACGGAUCCAGCUCAACUCUACCCAGGGUGAAACAGAAAGGGUUGAAAAUCGCCAAAGGCAUCUUCUAACACCGUGCGUGUGUG